GCUUUUGGGUAACGGGGUGUUACAGCUUGCAACUUGAAGCAGAUAAGCAUUUUGAUUUAGAAAUAUAUGAUAGUUGUCAUAUUAUGUUUAUCCUGUUAAUAUAACCUGAUUUUGAAGAAUGUUGUCAUAUAACAUGGGACAAAAAGGUUGUUUUCCUCAUCUGUUUUCACACUGAUGCACCUACCACCAACCGAGUAUUAUAUUAGAAGAUAAUUGUCCUUAUUUGCAUGAUCAAACAACACACUCAUAUAUAUAUAACCUAUGCAUAGUGAUUUCACGCUUACAAUCAUUUUUGUCAAUGGUAUUGUUUCUCAUUAGACAUUAGCAGUACCAUUGUCAAUUGUAGAUUUGUUUCAUUAUAAGUCUUAACAAUAUUCUUACAUCACUUUGAUAAAUUUGUUUCUUUGCAACAGAAAAGUCAAGAUGAAGAGUCAAACAAUCUAUUCAUUUUACAAGAGGAAGGCCGAUGAUAUUGAAAAAGAUGAAGAGGUUAUAAUUUCUAAAUUUUGCAUCGUUGUUGAUGAAGCUCGUGAUGAGUCAAAAAAGGAACAAAUGGCUAUUGUGUUAAGAUUUGUUGAUAAAGCUGGUUUGAUGCAAGAGAGAUUUUUUGAUGCGGCACGUGUUAAUGACACUUCUUCGUUAACUCUUAAGGAAGCAAUAUGUGGUAUACUUUCUCGACAUAACCUUGAUGUUUCUAACAUUCGUGGUCAAGGGUAUGACGGUGCUAGCAAUAUGAGAGGAGAAUGGAAUGGUUUACAAGCACUUUUUAUGAAAGAUUGUCCUUAUGCUUACUAUGUCCACUGUUUUGCUCAUCGGUUGCAACUUGCCUUAGUUACUGCAUCAAGAGAAGUUACAUCAAUUCAUUAAUUCUUUGAGAAGUUGGCUUUUGUUGUCAAUGUUGUUGGUUCUUCUACUAAGCGCCAUGAUGAGUUACAAGCUGCCCAAUCAGAAGAAAUUGCAAAUUUGUUAGAGACAGGGGAGAUUGUAACCGGUAAAGGUAAAAACCAAGUCGGUACUGUGAAAAGAGCUGGAGAUACUCGUUGGGGAUCACAUUUCAAUUCUAUUUGUAGCUUGAUAAGUAUGUAUGAAGCAACUUGUAAAGUUUUAAAAAUAAUUGCAAAAGAAGCA